UUAAGUUCCACGCCUGUUCACCGAACCAGGGACUUCUCCUUACUCUUAUCGCGUCAGUCUGUCAGGCAAAAUAAUUGCCCUGCAAUCAAUUCACCAGCUCCAAUCCGCGAGUUGCCUCCUGGGCCUCCAAAACCCUACGACCAAGCUUCCCAACGAAACGUCCACUAUCUUCCGGCCAAAGCCGGCGACUUCCCCUCUACGCAACCCAGCAACAUUCGGACACACGGUCACUUCAGACCUGAAAACAAAACAUAUCAUCCAAAAUGGCAACCCGCGAUCCCGGCGAAGUUGCCGCUGACGCUCUCAACGACUUUUUCGGUCAACUCUACAACUUCUUUGAGACCAUCUUUACCCGAUUCUUCGGAAACCUCUAUGCCUCCUUCGCCGAUGUGAGCAUCAACCGCUGGACGAAGGUCAUUCUGUCUGUGAUUGGCUACCUUCUCAUCCGGCCAUACAUCGAGCGUUUCUUCAAGUUCAUGCACGACCGAGACCGCAAGAAGCAGUUGGAGAAGGAAAAGGCCAAGAAGGAUGGAAAGAAGGCAAAGAUGUCAGCCAAUGAGCUUCGUGGCGGCGCCGGAGCUGGUCGAGUCCUCGGCGAAGUGGAGAAUACGGACGAUGAGAUUGAAGAUGGAGAGGACUUCGCGACGGCGAGCGGCGUGCCUGAGUGGGGAAAGAACGCUCGGAAGAGACAGAAGAAGUACAUGAAGAACCUGGAGAAGGAGGCUGAGAGCCGGACACACAACCUCUCUGAGGAACAGCUUAUGGAGCUACUGGAUUGGAGUGAGUCGGAGGAUGACAAGGCCGCGGGUAAGAAGGAGUAGGUCGUGUCUUUUGACCAUAUUCUUUUCUCUCCCUUGUAUUCGAUAAUAUGAUUUUGGAUGGGAAACAUAUACUUUGGAGAUUGGGGUCUGUCUGAGGAUGUACCAUAAAGACUUGUGGUGUUAUAAUAUAUGUAAUAAGAUAAAGCAUGAAGGUGGCCUUUCUGCGCUGCCUCUUAAUUUAUGACGCAG